CCAUGACUCCUCUUCCACUCCUCUCAUUAAACACCACCAUGGCCUCGUUCACAAAGCGACCUCUUUCCACUGUCAUCUCCGUCGCCGACGCCGCCUCGUGGUACUGCGCGCUGGCCCUCGUGGCCCUCGUCUUGCUCAGCUCCCUCCGAGAAAGCCCGGUGGACGACACGAUCGAACCGGCGCGCGGCGGAAAGCUCGUCGGCCGCCGGCCAUGCGACGAGAUAUAUGUCGUGGGAGAGGGGGAGACCCUCCACACCAUCAGCGACAAGUGCGGCGACCCCUUCAUCGUCGAGCAGAACCCGCACAUCCACGACCCCGACGACGUUUUCCCCGGCCUCGUCAUCAAGAUCACCCCCUCCAAGCCUAGGUAGAGAGAGAGACUCUUUAUAUCGUCUUUUUUUUCCUUUUCCUCCCUAAUAUCCGAGGCAUGGUUGGUCAUGGUCAAAUAUGAACCAUUUGAGCAUCGCUCGUAUAUACUGGAUACCAAUUCAAGAAUUAAUAGAGCUUUGGAUUUGCCUUGCUUUCGUUUUG